AUGUUUCGUUCGACUGUCCCUUGGCACUGCCUGGCACGGCUUUGGCAGACGGCUGUGGCACACGGCUGUGGCACACGGCUGUGGCAAACCACGUUGGAACGCGUGGUCACGGUGAACACGGUCCUGGCGUCCGCGCUGCCUCUGCUGGGCGGCAAGCCGCAGCCGCUGAUGAUCUCCACGAUCUUCGACAAGACGCUGCUCGAGAACGACACCUGGGUUCUUCCCUGGGCCGGAGUGGCCGGAACGAUGACCCUGUGUUUUCUGAUGAAGUGGACAAUGACGACCCUUGCGCUGUCGUCAGCUAUCCCUGCAGGAGUGGUGGCUCCCACCAUGAUCAUCGGAGGAUUGCUGGGCCGCGUCUUUGGCCAUGUCCUUUUGCCUGAGUGGUUUGUAUCAAUGAUCCUCACCAAGGAUGGCCAGCCGCCAACAGAAGAUCAAAAAGGAGCUUUCUUUGCGCGCUGUGCCAUCGUGGGCGCUUCGGCCUUUUGCGCCGCGGUGACGCGCGCCUUUGCCAUGGCCAUCACCGUCUUUGAGGUCUUGGCGUUGCCCAACUCUGUGUUGCCUCUCUGUAGUUCGGCCUUGGCCGCCAUCUUCGUGGCGAACAAGGUUUCCUUGCCUUUCUUUGAUGCCAACUUGGCCACGCGAAAUCUCGGGGGCAUCCCGGCCAUCACCUUCACGGACAAAGCCAUUGAGCCCGUGAUGAAAGUCAUGCAUGUGGUAGAUCUCAGUGAAUGCUUGCCACAGAUUGUUACCCUUCGGCACCUUCUCCAUGUGGUGUCAAAUAGCGACCACGAUUUCUUUCCGAUUGUCAGGCCACUGGACUGGGACACCAGCAACCAGGGCCUUCUGGAGGGGACGAUGACCCGAAGACAAGUCGAGCUUUUGCUGAAGAAGUUGGAUCCCCAUGCAGCGACCCCCGACCGCGAAAUCGAUUUGAUGAAUCCCGAAUUUCAAGCCCCACCAGAUGGCGGCGAGCCUCUGGUGGAGGGAAGCCCGGUGCGGGUGUCACCGGACUGCACCGUGAAGGAUGUGUAUCUUCUCAUGAAAGUGGCUGAGAGUGAUGGUGUCGUCUACGUGACAGACAGGGGCAUCCUGCAAGGGACCAUUACCCUUUCGACCCUCAUGAGCCGCGAGAUCUAA